CACACUUUUACGACUUAUGAGUAAAUCCAAAUACACACAAGUAGUUUUAUUACCAUCUAUAUCUAUAGGUAGAAGCAUUCAUAUCUGGGUGUUUGGGGUAAAAGCUAUUAACAACAAACCUACUUGGCAUGAGGUUGUAUUGCCAAUACAAGCUAUUAAAUAGAUGUUAUUAAUAUUACCCCCUGAAGGCUGAAAGGACGGUAGAUAAUAGAUUGGCUGGUAAUAAAAAGAGCUUGAUCCGUUUCUGGGGUGACGAUGCAUGUAUGUAACAGGUAGCUUGCUUCCCUCGUUGCUUGGUUACUCCUUUGAUUAUGAUUCUAUACCAGGUGGGUUGAAAUGUACACAGACAACGUUUGUUCGUAGGUCCCAUUACAGUCAAUAUCGCGAUUCUAGCAAGGCAGUACUUUGACUUCGCUCGGAGUAAUUUCUAGAUAACAAAAGUUUUCGUCAAGAAUUGAUUUUAAAUCGACAGACAACUUUUGAUGUGUGAACUUUCAUAGGAAGCAUACUGGAAUUUAUUUCUGAUUUUUAGAGGUGUAAGGUGAAACUACUGUAGUAAGCAAUGUAUACUCCUACUAAACCCCGUGGUCCUAUCGCAGCAUCCUUCACUGGUCCAGGACCCAGUUACAAACUUCCCGAUCUUGUCGGAGGGAAGACCGCCAUCACCAAGAGACAGAUGCCAAGUCAUAUUUUCGGUAUAAAACACAGAUCAUUCACCACCGACUCCAGUCCAGGACCAUGCCACAAUUACCCUUCUAAAGUUACCAGGAGAGGAAACGAUGGCACUCCACACUAUUCCCUGUACGACCGUCCUAGGGACAUAUCUACAUUCAAGACACCAGGGCCAGGAGCGUAUUCACCUGAAAAUGCUGGACCUACCGCGUACCCUCGUGCUCCUCAGUCUACGUUUGGUUCCAGAACAAAAGGAUCUAAGGUCGACCAGUCACCAGCACCCAAUAGCUACAUGCCAGCCGCAGUCAAUUUUAAAGACUCGAUUACAAAGCCCUCAGCACCUAGGUAUUCAUUUAGGGACCGCCCUAAGGUUGGAAGCUUUGCUGAAGAUAUGGCGAAGACCCCAGGACCUGGAUCACAUAGUACUGUAAACCCAUCCAUCUACAAGCAUGCACCCCCUAGCUAUUCAAUGAUUGGAAGAAACCAAAUGCCAAGUGAUAAUACACGUAAACCAGGCCCUGGAGCACACAGUCCAGAGAAGUACACAAUCACAAAGAAAUCUGCUCCAAAAUUUCCAUUUGGUAUUCGUCACUCAGAGUAUACUACACCCCUCAUUAUACAGCAGACCUCAGAAUAAACUGCGCAUGUGUGACAUUUUUAUUUGAUAACGGUAUGCUGAGCUCUGCCAUAUGGAGUGUACAUGUAUGUAUGCAGCAGAGGGCAUCUUGGAUAAAAACAUGGAUCCCUUUCUGCCAAUCAAAACCAGAUCAGGCUCAACAUGUUGUCACAAUAGCAGCAACAACAAUCUUCAGAUUGUGGUGACAGCUACAUGUAGUAUUCACAACAAUGUUCCACAGAGUUUGAAAGUAUACCAGUCAAUAUGCUGCUGCAUUUAUUAUAAUGACUUGAUGACUACAUCAUGUGUAGCAACAGAGAUAUGGAAUGUUCUGAAAAUGAAUAUUGAAUAAACUUUGAUUUCAUUCCGUAUGAUAUACAUGUAUAUACAAAGAAGAGGAUUUUGCGAUGUGAUGUAUGUACUAAUUUUGUCAAUGCUGUUUUUGUUCACUUAGACUGUAAAACAAGCCACUGCAGUUGAAUGUAAAUUGUUAAAAUUGAGUAUUUCUUUUUUUAAUAGUGUACAACUACACUUAUAUAGAUCAUGGACAGUUUUAAUUGCAUUUAGUUUUUCACCAAAUAUUCAUAUUAUCUGUAACAUGCUGAAUUGAUGUGUGAUAUAUGAUGUGUUCUGUUUUAUUUCUACCUAUCAGUCUUUUGAAUCUCCUGAGUAUUGAUAUUCUUUUGUAUUAAUGUUAUUUAUGAAAAUAAUUGUGUGGAAUUAACUGUAUGCUGAGAUGUC